AUGGGUUUCUGUAAUCCACACUGCCUUUUGGCCCUACUCUUCACACAUGGAGGCUUAGCGUGCAUGCUAGUCGUAUACGCCAUUAUAGGGGCUGCAGUGUUCCAGGCAAUUGAAGGUCAGUUCGAAAUCCGGGAACGAAUACAUCUGGAGGAGGUGCGGAGCAACGUGCUCACAACAAUCUGGAAUAUCACAGUAAUCGACGGACAUGAGGACAUGAAUUUCACCAGUUGGUCGGAGCAAGUUCGAGACAUAUUCAGAGAGUACGAGCAUGAACACAGGCGAUCUGUUAUCCACGGUGUUUCCGAUGUACUGCCACUGAGAUGGACAUUUUCUGGGUCGCUAUUCUUCGCCUGUACGGUAUUUACAACCAUUGGAUAUGGACAUAUGGCCCCGGAGACAACAGAAGGUCGUGCUUUCUGCAUGGUCUAUGCAUUCUUCGGCAUUCCUCUACUUAUGCUGGUUCUAGUAGAUUUGGGUUCAUUGCUUGCAAGAGGAACCAAAUUCUUAUAUCUUAAAAUAUUUCGACCGUACAUCAACAAGAACAGCGGUAGGGUAUCGUGCUUUGAGAGGAAAGAGAAAACCCUGGACAGACAGCAAAGUGUGGUUAAGAAAGAUGUAAAAGUGAAAAGUAAUGUUAACGAAAUGGGUACGCCUGUGAACGAUACUAGCAAAGCUGACCACUGGAAAACAGAUUUCGGUCGGGAUGAGACAGUUGAAAACCAGGGAGACACAGAAGACAACAAUAACGAAGACAAUGAAAAGAAAGAUGAGUUCGAUCUCCCUAUGUUGGCAAUCCUUGCAUUUGGAUUCCUGUACAUGUGUGUAUUAGCGGCACUUUUUUCAGCCUGGGAAAAUUGGAGUUACUUCGAAUGUUUCUAUUUCUCGUUCAUUACACUGAGUACAAUCGGGUUUGGUGAUUUGAUACCAGAACAUCAAAAGUUCACCAUAGCAUCAUCGUUUUUUAUUCUGCUGGGCAUGACUGUGAUGACGAUGUGCAUCACAUUAUCGCAGUCUAAAAUAGAACAUUCGUUAAAAUGGAUGGGAUGGAGAAUUGGCAUCAAACCAAAGCCCAAAGAAACCCCCGAUGAUGGUAGCAUCGCGGCGUGA